CAGGCGAAGGAAGUACUCCCGGCCGGAUGUCUGAGGGAUCCUUUUGAAAAGCGCGGAGCCGUAGGAAAUAUCCCUGAGACGCACGUCGGGGCCGGAGAAACCGCGAUCUGAGGAUGCUGUGUGCUUCUGGGGAGCAAGAGCAAGGGCGGCCCUAGGAGAAGCCUCGUCUCUGCGUUGCGUGCCGAGGCCCAGUAGUCAUGUGACUGGCUCUGCGGCCGUCUUCCCGCUGAGACGCGGCGCUCUGCCCGCCGCCAUGAGCGACCCGCGGCAGCCGCAGGAGGAGAAGCACAAGCUGGGCAGGGCCCCUUCCAAGUUCAAGGACCCGCCCAGAGCCAUGCAGUCGGACGAUUACUUCGCUCGGAAGUUCAAAGCCAUCAACGGGAGCCUGGCCCCCGCCGCUCCCUUCGGCGUCUCCAGUGCCAGUGAGAGUGGUGGCCCGGCCAACGGCACCCCCGCGGUGCCCAAGAUGGGCGUGCGGGCCCGGGUGUCGGAGUGGCCUCCGAAGAAGGACUGCCCCAAGGAGCUGGCCUGCAAGGCGCUGUGGGGCGGCCAGUCCCAGGGCAGCUACGACAGCGUCGCCUCCAUCGUGCACAAUGGGCAGAACGGCCAGGGCGACGGUCAUCCCGAGGACCAGCUCGAGCUGGACUUUGCGGAGGCCAAGUACACCGCUGGGGACAUCUUUGUCCACUCCCCCCACAGGGGACUGCACCCCAUAAGACAGAGGAGCAACAGUGACGUCACCAUCAGCGACAUCGACACCGAGGACGUCUUAGACCAGAACGCGGUGAACCCCAACACGGGCGCGGCGCUGCACCGGGAGUACGGGAGCACCUCCUCCAUCGACCGGCAGGGCCUGUCCGGGGAGAACUUCUUCGCGAUGCUCCGAGGGUACCGGGUAGAGAAUUACGACCACAAGGCUGCGGCCCCUUUCGGGUUCCCCGGUUUCUUCUCCUGCGACCCGGGCGUGUCGCCCAGCCUCCACGCCGCAGCGCAGAUCUCCCGCGGAGAGUUCGUCCGCAUCUCAGGAUUCGAUUACGUGGACGGUGCCUUCCUCAGGGGCAGGGACCGGGACAAGCCUUUCAAGCGAAGGUUGAAGUCAGAGUCCGUGGAAACGUCCCUCUUCCGCAAGCUGCGCACGGUGAGAAGCGAACACGAGACGUUCAAGUUCACGUCGGACCUGGACGACAGCCGUCCGGAACGGGGCGUCCGUCCCUGGAGCUGCCAGCGCUGUUUUGCACACUACGACGUCCAGAGCAUUUUGUUUAACAUCAACGAAGCCAUGGCCACGCGGGCGAACGUGGGGAAGAGGAAGAACAUGACCACCGGGGCCUCCGCGGCCUCCCAGACGCCGGCGCCCGCGGGCCCGACGGGCACCUGCGAAUCCCCACUGGGCAGCAAGGAGGACCUCAACUCCAAAGAGAACCUGGACGCCGACGAGGGCGACGGGAAGAGCAACGACCUGGUCCUGAGCUGCCCGCACUUUAGGAAUGAGACGGGCGGGGAGGGGGACCGGAGGAUCGCGCUGUCCCGGGCCAGCUCGUCCUCGCUCGGCUCCGGGGAGAACUGCUCCUUCGAGUCCUCCCUCAGCUCUCACUGCACGAACGCGGGCGUGUCGGUCCUGGAGGUGCCCCGAGAGAACCAGCCCAUUCACAGGGAGAAGGUCAAGCGCUACAUCAUCGAGCACAUUGACCUCGGGGCCUACUAUUACCGCAAGUUCUUCUACGGGAAAGAGCACCAGAACUACUUCGGGAUCGACGAGCACCUGGGCCCCGUGGCCGUCAGCAUCCGGAGGGAGAAGGUGGAGGACGCCAAGGAGAAGGAGGCGUCGCAGUUCAACUACCGGGUGGCGUUCAGGACGAGCGAGCUCACAACGCUGAGAGGAGCGAUUUUGGAAGACGCGGUCCCCUCCACGGCCCGGCACGGCACCGCGCGGGGCCUGCCCCUCAAGGAGGUGCUGGAGUACGUCAUCCCCGAGCUGAACAUCCAGUGCCUGCGGCAGGCCGCCAGCUCCCCCAGGGUCCCCGAGCAGCUGCUCAAGCUCGACGAGCAAGGGCUGAGCUUCCAGCACAAGAUCGGGAUCCUGUACUGCCGGGCCGGCCAGGGCACGGAGGAGGAGAUGUACAACAACGAGACGGCCGGCCCGGCCUUUGAGGAGUUCCUCGACCUGCUGGGCCAGCGCGUGCGGCUCAAAGGGUUCAGCAAGUACCGGGCUCAACUGGACAAUAAAACCGACUCUACGGGGACGCACUCCCUCUACACCACGUACAAAGACUACGAGCUCAUGUUCCACGUGUCCACCAUGCUGCCGCACAUGCCCAAGAACAGACAGCAGCUCCUGAGGAAAAGGCAUAUAGGAAAUGACAUCGUGACCAUUGUCUUCCAAGAGCCCGGAGCACUUCCGUUCACUCCAAAGAGCAUCCGGUCCCACUUUCAACACGUCUUCGUCAUCGUCAGGGUGCACAACCCGUGCACCGACAAUGUGUGCUACAGCGUUGGCGUUUCUAGAUCAAAAGACGUGCCCCCGUUCGGCCCCCCCAUCCCCAAAGGCGUCACGUUCCCAAAGUCCGCCGUGUUCCGGGACUUCCUUUUAGCCAAAGUCAUCAACGCGGAGAACGCGGCCCACAAAUCGGAGAAGUUCCGCGCCAUGGCCACCCGGACGCGGCAGGAGUACCUGAAGGACCUGGCGGAGAACUUCGUCACCACGGCCACCGUGGACACCUCAGCCAAGUUCAGCUUCAUCACGCUGGGGGCCAAGAAGAAGGAGAAGGUCAAGCCGCGGAAGGACGCCCACCUGUUCAGCGUGGGGGCCAUCAUGUGGCACGUGGUGGCCCGGGACUUCGGCCAGGCCGCCGACAUCGAGUGUCUGCUGGGCAUCUCCAACGAGUUCAUCAUGCUGAUCGAGAAGGAGUCCAAGAAUGUGGUCUUCAACUGCUCCUGCCGGGACGUCAUCGGCUGGACCUCGGGGCUCACGAGCAUCAAAGUGUUUUACGAGAGAGGAGAGUGUAUCCUCCUCUCCUCGGUGGACGGCUGCCCGGAGGACAUUCGGGAAAUGGUCCAGCGCCUGGGGAUAGUGACCAGAGGCUGCGAGACUGUGGAAAUGACCCUGAGGAGGAACGGGCUGGGCCAGCUCGGCUUCCACGUGAACUUCGAAGGCAUCGUCGCGGACGUGGAGCCUUUCGGCUUUGCCUGGAAGGCGGGCCUGCGCCAGGGCAGCCGCCUGGUGGAGAUCUGCAAGGUGGCCGUGGCCACGCUGACCCACGAGCAGAUGAUCGACCUGCUGCGCACGUCCAUGACCGUGAAGGUGGUCAUCAUCCAGCCGCACGGCGAUGGCUCGCCCCGGAGGGGCUGCUCGGAGCUCUGCCGCAUCCCCAUGGUGGAGUACAAGCUGGACAGCGAGGGCACCCCCUGCGAGUACAAGACCCCCUUCCGGAGGAACACCACGUGGCACCGGGUGCCCACCCCGGCCCUGCAGCCCCUGCCCAGAGCCUCGCCCGCCCCCCCCGAGCCAGGCCAGGUGCUGGCUGCACAGAGAUCUCCGUGCCCGGCUAAUGAUUCUGGUCCCCGUUUCAGAAGUUCGCCCAGCAACCAGUCAUCCUCCAGCGACCCCGGACCCGGUGGGAGUGGGCCGUGGAGACCGCAAGUGGGCUACGACGGGUGCCAGUCCCCGCUGCUGCUCGAGCACCAGGGCCCGGGCCCUAUGGAGUGUGAAGGAGCCAGGGACCGGGAGGACGCUAUGGACGGAGGCAGGCACCCAGAAACCAAAUGGCACGGCCCACCCUCCAAAGUCCUGGGCUCCUACAAGGACCGAGGCCUGCAGAAGGACGGGAGCUGCAAAGAGUCUCCCAGCAAGCUGUCCCACAUGGAGGACAAGGGCUGCCCCAGCCCCUCCAGCAGCGCCACGCUGUCCAGCAGCGCUUCCAGCACCAGCGACGACAAGCACUUUGGCUCCGGGGACCUGGACCCCGAGCUGCUGGGCCUGACCUACCUGAAGGGGGCGUCCACCGACAGCGACGGCUAUGCGCCCGCCCCCACCAGUGGCACCGCUGACGGCAGCACAGGCGACCUCAGCGAGAUCUCCUCUCACUCCAGCGGCUCACACCACUCAGGCAGCCCUUCCGCUCACUGUUCCAAAAGCACCGGGUCCCUGGACACGUCCAAAGUCUACAUCGUGGCUCACAGCGGCGGCCCGCCGGUGCCCGGGUCCAUGUCCAAGGCCUACCACCGCCAGGGGGCCGUGAGCAAGUACGUCAUCGGCUGGAAGAAGUCAGACGGCAGCCCCCCGCCCGAGGAGCCCGAGGUGCCUGAGUGUCCGGGGCUGUUCGCCGAGAUGGAGCUCAUGUCCCCGGCCGCUCAGCACCCGACGGCGGCGGGAGAAGCCGGCUCGGAGACUCAGCACGUUCUGUCGAAGGAGGACUUUGUGAAGCUGAUGCUCCCCGACAGCCCCUUCGCGGAGGAGGGGAGGAGAAAGUUCUCCUUCUACGGGAACCUGUCCCCGCGCCGGUCGCUGUACCGCACCCUCUCGGACGAGAGCAUGUGCGGCCACCGCAGGGCCUGGGCAGCUUGCGCAGUGAACGAGUUCUGGUUCUCCGACGGGUCCCUGUCGGAUAAGUCCAAGUGCGCAGACCCCGGCCUGAUGCCCCUCCCGGACACGGGCACGGGGCUGGACUGGUCCCACCUCGUGGACGCUGCUCGGGCGUUUGAAGGCCUGGACGCGGACGAGGAGCUCGCGCUGCUCUAUCACCACGCGCCCUACCUAGACCAGAGAGUGGCCGCCUUCUGCACCCUGACGGACAUGCAGCGCGCGCAGGGCCUGGAGGGCGCCCCGGAGCUGCCUCUGUGCGUGGAGCCCGGCGGCCAAGAGUUCCUGGACGCCACGGGGGAGCCGUCCCCGGCCACGCUGACGGGCAAGGUGAACCAGCUGGAGCUGGUCCUGCGGCAGCUGCAGACCGACCUCCGCAAGGAGAAGCAGGACAAGGCGGUCCUGCAGGCCGAGGUGCGGCACCUGCGCCAGGACAACCGGCGGCUGCAGGAGGAGUCGCAGACGGCCGCCGCCCAGCUGCGCACCUUCACUGAGUGGUUCUUCAGCACCAUCGACAAGAAGUCCUAGCCCGUCCCCCCUCCAGGGGCCAGGGGACACGCCCGGGGUCUGGGCCGUCACAGGCAGACGCGGAGGCUUAGCCGUGCCUCCAGCCGGCGCUGCCCUCCCCGCCGACCCGUCCGUGGGGCCCACGCGCCCCAGCAGAGGGCCCGGGCUCUCUCCGCGGCCGUCGCGAGCAGGCAGGCGGGCGUGAAGAUGAAUGUACUCGUGUCGAGAUGAAUGUAACCCCGGUGUCAGCUUAGACCUUCCCUGUAGACGCUACCACGUGGUCUGUGCAUAUAGUCUCGCCUCCUGGGUGCCAGGUGACCUGCUAAGAUGUUAAAGACUCCCGUAGUCCGGGCCGUAGACGGCCGGGUAAGCCCGGAGCAGAUCUCAGACGUAUACUCUAUGGAAAGGUGGUCUAUUUUUUUGGAUGUACAGUAGUUUUAUCCGCACAGCCACUCUCAUAGCAAUAAGACAGGCGGGGCCAGGCGUCGGGGAGCCGCGUCAAGUGUGCUUGACGCUGAACACUCGCUUGGACGCAGUUACUGAGGCUCAUUUAUUUGCAGGAGCAAACGGUGCCUGGGUCUUGGCAGUGUUCUGAUGUUUUUAUCAAAAGAGGCGGCCGCCUUUUAAAUGGCCCGCUCGGUAGUCACCCCGACCUUAGCUCAGCCGCGUGCAGCGGGCGCCGUCAGACGAGGGCCGCCUGCCCAUGUGCCAGAACCGCCCGCGCUGGGCCGGCGGUCACACGGACAAGGCCCCAUCGUCUUUGUACAGAGGCUUCGAUGAAGUGUCCUGUAUUUAACACCCUUAUUUAAGCUUAUUUAACCUGAAAUUGUUAAUUUUAUGGACGCGGUGUGGCCCACGCCCUGAGAGGGUGUGCGGGGGGCCGCCAGCUCCGAGGCGCGGGGCUCGCCCGGCCGGCCGGACACCAGGCCGCAGGCUCACCACCGGAUGCUGCUAGAGACGACCUUCGUAUUGCUUUCUGGUUUUUAACGGUUCCUUUCGAGAUGAACGUCCAUUUUGCUUUUUUAAUAAACGUUUGAAAGAGUCCACAC